GCGCGCAGGCGGCCACUUCGUCUCCGCCCCUCGCUACACCCCGUCCCUGAGCCCACGCUGCCCGGGGGAACAGGCAGCCCGGUGCGGUGUUCCCUGAUGGAACUGGGUCGGCUGGAGUAUCUGCAGGCGCUUGUCACCGAGUUCCAGGUGACCGACAGCACAGAGGCCAAGGAGCAGGUACUGGCGAACCUGGCCAACUUCGCCUACGAUCCCAGCAACUACGAGUAUCUGCGGCAGCUCCAGGUGCUGGACCUGUUCCUGGAUAUGCUGACCGAGGACAACGAGACCCUGGUGGAGUUUGCCAUGGGUGGUCUUUGCAACCUGUGCUUGGAUAAAACAAACAAAGAGUACAUCCUGGAGGCCAACGGGGUGGAGCCCAUCAUCAACUGCCUGUCCAGCUCCAACGAGGAGACCGUGGUGUCGGCCGUGACCACGCUGAUGUUCCUGACGACGCCGCGGUCGCGCGCGCAGACCACGGCGCUGCCCGUGGUGGAGUGCAUGCUGCGCUUCUCGCUCUCGGCCAACACGCGCCUCAGCAACCUGGCCUCCAUCUUCCUGCAGGACUACUGCAGCCCUGCGCAGCUGGAGGAGGCCAGGAGCCUCAGCAGGCACACGGCAGUGGGCAUUCCUCUGCCCAAGGACUGAGCAGGGCUGUGGAGAGUGAAGCCUCCUGCUGUUCUCACUUUCUGCUCAGCAGGUCAAGAGCAGCAUUAAAGAGGGGAGUUGGUCCCACCAGUGCUGGGGUUAACAAACAGGAAGGAACAGCACUAACACGGCAGCUGGGCCAAGCACCUAGCUAAGCCUGCAAAUAUUUAAAAUAAAUCAGGUCAUGGCUGCA